GUGUGAGCAUUUGGACGAAUCGUUACGAUCUGCCCAGCAAGCCACGGCAGACAUGCAGGGGGCGCUAGAUGCCUUCCGCAAGGACCGGCGACUUCAGGGACCCAUGGAGGACCCCCUGGAGCUUCUCGAGUGGAAAGCGCCCCGAGAGGCACGCGAGACGGCGGCGAGGCCUCUCCGAGCCGUGCUGGCGGUGAAGAGAUCUCGCGCUGCAGAUGGGCCAGCGAGUGCCAGAGGCACGGCAGAUGGCCAGCCUGUCCAAGGAAAGGAG